CUCGGUCUGGCAGAAGUAUUUUUUCUUCCCUCAUCAAUAACUCCAAGUUCUAAAAACAUCCUCAAUCUAAAAGUUCAUUACUACCAACAUGUUCAAAGUAUUUACCCUCCUAGCAGCCAUGGCUACUGGCAUCAUUGCCAACGAAAUCACUGAUGCAGCCGCCGACUACGUUGGAUGCACCGUUAACGCCUACAACACUGCUGACUGCUCGGGCACCAUUGUCAGUUCCACUCUUCAUGAUUGCAAUGUCGCACAACCUUGUGAAGCCCAGGCAGGAGCUUCUUUGGAACUCGUCUGUUUCAAUGGAUGUGAAGGACAGUUGUUCGUCUCGGUCGAUGAUUCUUGCGCAGGUAAUCUUGUCGUCCCCGCUGGAGAAUGUCCGGAAGUCCAGGAUGUCGGGCAGAUCCAAAGCCAAGUCGUCUUCUAG